AUGCGUGAAUGUAUUAGUAUCCAUGUUGGUCAAGCCGGUGUCCAGAUGGGCAAUGCCUGUUGGGAAUUGUACUGUUUGGAGCAUGGUAUUCAACCUGAUGGUCAGAUGCCUUCUGAUAAAACAGUCGGCAGUGGUGAUGAUUCUUUCAACACUUUCUUCAGUGAAACUGGAUCUGGCAAGCAUGUGCCUCGUGCCAUUUUUGUCGAUCUGGAACCAACUGUUGUUGAUGAAGUUCGCACUGGUGUUUAUCGUCAACUUUUUCACCCUGAACAAUUAAUCACAGGCAAAGAAGAUGCCGCAAACAAUUACGCUCGUGGUCACUACACAAUCGGAAAAGAGCUUAUCGAUCACGUAAUUGAUCGUGUUCGCAAGCUCAGUGAUCAAUGCACUGGUCUUCAAGGAUUCUUGCUCUUCCAUUCAUUUGGUGGUGGCACAGGAUCCGGCUUCACCUCACUUCUUAUGGAAAGGUUGAGUGUUGAUUACGGUAAAAAGGCUAAGCUUGAGUUCUCAAUCUACCCAGCCCCACAAAUCUCAACUGCCGUUGUUGAACCCUACAACUCCAUCUUAACAACCCAUACCACACUUGAACAUUCUGACUGUUCAUUUAUGGUUGAUAAUGAGGCUAUCUACGAUAUCUGCAGGCGUAAUUUGGAUAUAGGUAGACCUUCUUACACCAACCUAAAUCGUUUGAUCAGUCAAAUUGUGAGCUCAAUUACCGCAUCGCUGCGAUUUGACGGUGCCCUCAAUGUUGAUUUAACAGAGUUUCAAACUAACUUGGUGCCAUAUCCUCGUAUUCAUUUUCCACUGGCUACUUAUGCCCCAGUUAUAUCAGCGGAAAAAGCUUAUCAUGAACAGAUGACUGUCUCCGAAAUCACUAACUCUUGUUUUGAACCCGCUAACCAGAUGGUAAAGUGUGAUCCACGUCAUGGCAAGUAUAUGGCUUGCUGUCUUCUCUACCGAGGUGACGUAGUACCCAAGGAUGUUAAUGCCGCCAUUGCAGCAAUCAAAACUCGUAGAAACAUCCAGUUUGUCGACUGGUGUCCUACUGGUUUCAAAGUGGGCAUUAACUACCAGCCUCCAACUGUUGUUCCUGGAGGUGAUUUGGCCAAGGUUCAACGUGCUGUCUGUAUGCUAAGCAACACCACAGCCAUUGCCGAAGCUUGGGCUCGUCUUGAUCACAAAUUUGAUUUGAUGUACGCCAAACGUGCUUUCGUGCAUUGGUAUGUGGGUGAAGGUAUGGAGGAGGGUGAAUUCUCUGAAGCUCGUGAAGAUCUCGCGGCAUUAGAGAAGGAUUACGAAGAGGUUGGUGUUGACAGUGGCGAACAGGAAGCUGAUGACGGAGAUGAAUUCUAG